AUGUCUUCUAAAGAAAAGCCGAAGGAAUCCCCGAACUACACCAACGACAAGGUGUACAUGGAGAACAGAAGGAAAGCGAAGUAUUGGCAUAAGAAAAGUAAGGUCUUGCAAGAACAGCUCCGGAAAUAUCCACACGAUGGUGAAAUCUCCCGGGAGUUAGACAGAGUCGAUGAGAAAGUGACAAACAUUAAUCACACCGCCGCAGCGUUUAUAUUCGAGAAGAAUAAUCAAUCGAACGGAUUGUCGACGAUUGACCUUCAUGGAUUGCGCACUUUUGAAGCGGGUGGGUACUUGUUACGGAGAAUAGCCAAGUGCCAUCAGUGUCAGAUCGACUAUAUAAAUGUGAUUGUGGGAAGAGGACUCCAUUCCCGUAGUGCUCCAGCUCUCCCUCCAGUUGUGAAGGAUAUAUGUGACCAGUUGUGUCUCAAAUUCGACGUGAAGAAGACGAACGCUGGGGUGAUGGUGAUUGAUAUGAAACACAGUAAGCCAAACGAGUCGGUUCUUGAAGAGUUGUGUUGUUUCAUCGAUCUUCAAAGAGUCGCCAGGGCCGCAAAAGCUGAUGGUUCUCAACAAGACAAGAACCGACUGGGAUUGCGUCUGGGCGAUUCCCUGUUGUCCGAGAGUAAGGAGUGGCUUGAUUAUAUCAAGAAAACAAUUUUUGAGAGCGAGAAACAGACUCUGCAGUCGCCAGAAUUUGGCCAAGGAAUAGCCAAAAGCGUCAGUGAGAUUGAGUCAUCUGAGCACGAUGAACCUGUGUGUGGAAAUAAUGAACAUAUUCGUGGUGGUGAUGAACUGGUUCCUGUCAAUACUCGGCGUCCGAGCGAUAAUGGCAAACUCAAUCGGGUGAAGGGAGGAUCAGUUCGUGAUACCAAACCUCGUGAUACCAAACCUCGUGAAACCAAUCUGCGUGGAACCAAUCUGCGUGAAACCAAACCUAGUCGUGAUAACAAGAGCACUGCUGUCCAAAGCAAAAAAUCAGGUCCUGGAACCAGGAAAACAAGCCGUGAAACUGGAAAGCCCGAUUGUCGUAAUGGUAAAGAAGCUCGCAAAAAUGAUAACCCUGCUCAUGGAAAGAAGAAAGAUGGUACGAAUCUUGAGACACCUCGCGAGAAAAGAAAUAAGAUAGGCCCAAAGAAGCAAGGUCACAGAAAUGAAAAGAAUGGAAGAAGCACCGAAACCCAAAAAAUCCCUACGACUUCAUCUGCUAGAACAGCUCAACAAGCGAAUAAUGAGAAAUCUGCAGACGACAAAGAAAUUCAAGAAGCAAAUUCUGCGAACAGCAGCUCCGUCAUCGAUACCAAUCCGUUCCGUUGUCUCUACUUAGAGGGAGAAUCUGGACCUGAUACCGAAUCUGAAUUUGAUCUUGAAUCUGUCGGAAGUUCGAAUAGAUCAUCAAUUCAAAUUCUUGAGCAGAUCAAUGACCCAGCCGUGGACCAAACCGAGACAGCCUUAGUCCAUGUCAAGGAUAAAAACUCUCCUCCAGAAAUUUGUAUUCCCCCAAACAUAUUCGAGAGUUUAAUUUUGCCCCAUAGAUCAAAUGCCUUUCUUGAGAGUCUACACAAUCAACCAUGGUUCUUGUGUGAUUCAGAAGAAGAGGCUGAUGAUACCGGAUUCGAUGUCGAGGACUCUGACGAAAGCGAGUAUUUUCUGGGUGGAUAUGAUUCCGAUGAUUAUACUACCUGGGGAUGGGAGAAGGUCAAGAAUCUCGUUCCUCCUGGAACUGAAUGCAACGAACGUAUUCAAGUCGAUGUGUUGAGGUUUUCAAAAGACACUCCCGAUGGAUAUAGAGAUGAUUAUGAGACUUUCUUCUUGGACCCAAGUGAUAGCGAAAAGCAUGGCACGAGUGAUGAUAACGACGAAUAUUCUUCAAUUCCGGAUACCCAAGAGCAAUACGGUUCUCGCGGCCAAAAGUCUGAUCCCAUAGACUUCAGCUGUGGCGAUCAAAACUCUGAUUCAGGUUCAUUAGUCCCAGAAGGUUUUGCUCAAAGAUUCGAAGUUCUUGCCUUGAAACCAUCAGAAAUCGGAGAUUUCAUGAAGGCUCAUCCUGGCUACACCUUUGAAUGGCAUGGCUUCUAA